AUGAAUAAUCGCACCCGAAAAAUAUUAGAAAAAUUGAAAAAUAGGGAUGAUGCUGUCCAAGGCUCAAUGGGCCUAAAAAAGAUACACAGUGUGAGAGACAAAGAUUAUAUGCCCAGUCCAUCUUCUUCGGAUUCUGACAUAGGAUAUGGGCAAGAAAGGGAUAAAGUUAAAUGUUUUUUAUUUAAGGAAGAUGACAAUUUAAUCACACUUCAAGAUCUCGUCGAAGUUCCUGAAAAUGUUGUAAAUGUUUUGCCUGCCAGUUCAAAUAGUCAUCUAGGCGACUCAACACAUGAUCAAGUGGAAUAUCAUAGUGUUGAGCUACAAAUCGUUUUCGAAGCCCUUUGUCAAAAACUCCGACACAAGACUUUGUUAAAAAGAACCACCGAGAUUCCCCUAAAAGUUAAGGUGUUGUGCGCUCUUAGUUUCCUAGCCACAGGAUCCUAUCAGCGAAUUGUUGGCGUCACUCAGCAUCUUGCCCAACGGACAGCUAGUCGUUGCAUCAAACAAGUUGUUGAUGCUUUGAACCACCCUGCUGUCAUGGCAAAAUGGAUUGAGUUUCCGAAAACACGACAAGACAGAGCAUUUAUAAAACAAGAGUUCCAAAGAAGGUUUGGCUUGCCUGGUGUAAUUGGGUGCAUAGAUUGUACCCAUGUAGCUUUGGUAAAGACAAACGUUGAAGAGCAUCUUUUUUAUAAUAGAAAAGGGUAUCAUUCCUUAAAUGUUCAAAUGAUUUGUGAUAGUAAUCUGCGUAUUUUAAAUGUGAAUGCAAAGUUUGGUGAAGCCACACAUGAUUCACAUAUAUGGUCUUCAAGUUGA